ACGACGUUGUCGGACAUUCGGUGUCAAACAGUCGCCGGUUACACACUGAUUGUGGUGCUCUCAGAUCUCCGCGGUACUCAGCUCAGCAGUUGUGCAGUUGUGGGUUGUCUGGCUAUGAUUGGUGCCUCAGCGGAUCUGAUCAAGGGUCGAGUAUAAAGUGGUAGCGUCCCGGAGCGCGGCUUGACUCCGUGUGGUGAUGUUAACUGUGGUGAUCGUGGCGGCCCUAGCGGCUGUCACAACGGCGAACAGUGCUAGUGACACCUAUCCUCCUCAGGUGAUAACAAGGUCGAGGAUCAGCCAGCAGUGUGCAGGUUAUUGUAAAGAUAGCAGUAAGUUUAGUCUACGACCUGAUUCGACAUAUGUGUACAGCUAUGAAGGAACAACAACAUCAGGUGUACAUGGUGCAAGUAAUGAAACAUCAAUUAUCAAGGUCACAGCUAAGGCUCAUAUACAGGUGACAGCGAGUCCAUGCGAGCUGAUACUUCAGAUUCAUGAAGCCAGUUUACUGGAUUCCGGAAUGACGGAACUGCAAAGUGCCGACCGACAAAGGGAGUUCGCCAAGGUACUAGAGGCCAAUCCCCUGAGGUUUAGUUAUCAGGAUGGGCGGGUGGAGCAGUUGUGUCCUGCUGCAGAGGAAGCAGUGUGGGCUCUCAACCUCAAGCGAGGCCUUUUGUCUGCCUUCCAGAAUUCCAUGGCUGACUUGUCCAGGGAUGCUCAUCUGUAUGAGAGAGACGUGAGUGGGUCAUGUGAAACAACAUACUCUGUGAAGUCAUCGAUGUGGAGUGAUAUAAAGGUCCUAAAGAAUAAAGAUCUCCAGUCCUGCUCUGGAAGGGGCCAUCAGACCCUGGGGCUUCUGAGCACCUUCUCCACCAAGGCCAAGUCUGUUCCGAUAAUUAAAAGUGAGCAAUUCUGUGAGCAGACCAUCAAGUCAGAUGAUGGCACGUAUUUGAGCAGCUCUUGGUGUCAAGAGACACACAUAUUCGCUCCGUUCUCCAAUGGCCAAUCGGGAAUCAGAACAACUGCGGAGCUCUCACUGUCACUUGACAAUAUUGUACAGUCAACUGAACCUAUUCUCACUGACCUGUUUGUAAACAAGCGGACAGACCUGCAAUUUGAGUCUUCCUCCAUGUCAGCAGAGACUCCAGUGACUGAGUCCAGUGUCUGGAACACUCUUAUGCAGCUUGUGACUCACAGUAAGCUAGGAGUGGACAGUCAGGUGCCCAAGCUAUUUGACCUGUUAAUUCACCAACUGGCUAGUUUGGGAGAACAACAACUGGUCAAGAUUUUUGACCAGCUACAGGAGAAACACGCGCGUAAGUAUAUGCUGGAUGCUUUGCCUUUGGUAGGAUCUGCUGGCAGUGUCCAGGCUAUGUACCAGAUCUAUGCGGCACGAGAGGUCUCCCGGGACGAGCUGGAAUCUUGGCUGACAGCUCUCUCUUUCCACAAGCAACCCUCCCUGGAGAUUCUAGACACGUUGCAACUGUUCAUGCAAGAUGGUUACCAUCCGAAAACCUGGUUGGCAGUGAGUUCUGUGGUACACUCGUAUUGUCGGUUAGAUCCUGCAUGUGCAGACACGCCACAGGUACAAGCUAUCAUGUCUGCACUGGAGCAGACGUUGGGAGAGUCUUGCAUCUCGACUACAAGAGAACAGCAAGAGACUGUUGUGGUAGCACUUAAAGCAAUCGGAAACAUGGGAUUCAUGAGCUCCUUGAGUGUACUCAGGAAUUGCAUCAUGAACAAGGUUAACCCAAUGGAGGUGAGACUUGCCGCUGUUGGGGCUACUCGUCGGUUCCCCUGUGACAAAUUGCAGAAACUGUCCAUGCUGCCACUGUUCCAACAACACAGUCAGGACACGGAACUGCGUAUUGCUGCCUAUCUGGCUGCAGUACAAUGUCCUGACACAGCUACCAUCAGCAGACUUCGAGAUGUACUCUAUAAGGAAGAUACAAACCAAGUUCUUUCCUUUGUGUGGACCCAUUUGACCAAUCUCCAAGAAUCAACGAGCAUUUGGAAACAAGAAAUCCGCCAAAUGCUUCAGGACAAUUAUUUAGCAAACAAAUUCAAAACAGAUGCAAGAAAGUUCUCAAGAAACUAUGAAAUGUCCACAUAUUCUGACAUUUUAAAGACUGGUGCAACAAUCGAUUCCAAUGUUGUGUUCAGCACAAAGUCAUAUCUACCAAGAUCUGCCACCUUGAACUUGACGUUGGAUCUUUUUGGGGAGGCUGUAAAUAUUUUUGAAAUCGGAACAAGGCUUGAGGGAUUUGAGUCAGUAGUGGAGGAUUUGUUCAGUCCUAAAGGUUACUUUCCAGAUGAGGGGAUGCAGAAGAUGUUGAAAAACAUGAGAGGUCAAGAGGACAGUAAAAAUGAUGUGAUCCAAACAUUUUCAGAGCAAUUUACAAAGGGCACAGUAAAUGAGCCACAAGGCCAGAUGUUUGCAAGAAUAUUUGGGAAUGAGUUGUUUGUAACACAAUUCUAUGAUUUGAACAAGUUUUUAAGUAUGAAACCAGCGGGUAAAUACUCCUUCAAGUACUUCCUGGAAUCUCUAUCUUCACUUUUUGCUAACAAUAAUAUCGACUACACAAAAUCAUUCAGAUUCAUCAACACAGAAUAUGUUAUCCCCACUAUUGUUGGACUUCCUUUACAUCUCGAAGUAAAUGCUACAGCGACAGUAGGGAUGCAGUUGACCACAAAAGUAGAUGUGGAGAGUUUGCUCAAAAUUAAAUCAGGCUAUGUUGGUUUGUCCAUUAAUCCGAGUGCAGCUUUAAAAAUAGAUGGAAAAAUGAUGGUAGACGCUGUUUUCACACAGGCUGGAGUUGAAACCAAAGGAUCCCUGAGUUCAAAUACUUACUUGGACACAAAAAUAUCUAUUGAGAAAGGACAGAUUAUUGAUUUUAUUGUGAAUGUACCAAGAGAUAAAGUGGAAAUAGUGAAUGUUAAAUCUGAGGUUUACAUACAUCGUGGCAGUAAGCUUACAGAGAUAGAAGGUGUGGGAGAGAUGUCAGAACAUGACACUUGCUCAGGCGAACGUCUACCUACAAUGAGUGGAAUGAGGGUGUGUUCUCAGUACACAGUGAGAAAUGCUUCUGGCACAGAAAAUUCGCCAUAUUUCCCCUUGACUGGAAAGUUCCAUUAUGCACUUGCCCUUCAAAAAUCUGACAGCUUUGAUACCUAUGAAGUUCACCUGAAACAGAUGUUUGAUUUCAAUAGUGCGAGGUACUCUGGAAAGUUUCUCGUAGAAGUUGACACCCCUGGCUCCAAGUUGAACCGGCGACUGUUGGCAGAUCUUGCCUUCAACUCUAAGAGUGGAGAGGCCAACUUGGACCUAAAGUCUCCAGUGGGAAGUGUCCAGUUGAGUGGCAAGUUGGGAGUGACUCCAGUAGACAGAUUCCUGGAUCUUCGAGCUCGUAUGAAUGACAAAGACUAUGCCAUAAUUGGAUUACGCUUACAGACGGAGAACUCUGCACGGACGAUCAAGUAUUCACCAUCACUACUGGUGCAGGCCCAACCUAACCUGUACGUGAAUAUCACUGGCCGACUGAACAUUGUUUUGGGCCACAAAUACAGUGCUGACCUGUUUGCUGCCGGUCUCACCAAGGAACCCAUUACUGUCUUUGCUGAUGUGACUAGUGCCAAGGGUCGUUACGGUGCAUCUCUCACUGCUAAAGCAGAGGCCUUAGAUGUAAAGAUCACCACCAGGAUCAUAACCAACCCUACAGUGACCAGCUGCAAGACUCUGGCACGCUAUGUUCUGGGCCAGCAGCCUGUACAGAAUGUGGACUUCAUGGCACAACUUCAGCACCACAAGAAGGGAAGCUUCAGUAAACGCCAGCUCCUGCUUAAUUUACAGAUGAGUGAAUUGCCACAGUUCAGCAGCAAACUAGGAUGGAUCCUCUACCGCACUGAGAAGUACUUUGACAGCAGUGUAGAACUGAAAGUGGGCAAGACGGAGUGGAAGAGCCAGCAGUUGUAUCACAACAGUCUGCAGGAGACGAACAAGAACUUAGAGUUGCUUUUGAGUCUGGCAUCACCCACUAAGAAUUUGGACUACAGAUUAGAAUUGCAGUACAAAACUACUGAUGAAACCGUACACAGCCAUGUGCUGGCUCAGUUGAAUGAAAUGAGCCGGUUUAUCACUCGGUUAGACUAUAAACACUACCACCCUCUUCGCAGUCUGGAGCUGGAGAUAGCUACUCCCUGGGAACGGGCAGCAUUGGAGGGCAGAUUGGAGACUCCAGUAUCCACGGACCCCUCAAGUCAGGUUUUCAAUGGGAACGUCACUGUCAAGUGGGGUGAAAUCGCAAAUCCUCGAUGGCUGAUGGCGAGCGGACUGUACGAAACGGCAGAGACGGCCUUGAGCACCCGACAUACAGUGAAAGGAAGUCUGGAGAGUGAAGGGUGGGACCAGCCCAUCCAGAUGGAGGGCAUUUGGGCAGCCAGGUCCGGAGAGGGGAUGAUACUGAGUGACAGUGAAAUGUCAGUCACUAUCAACCAGGAGACUUACAAACUGAGCAUGGCAUAUAUCAAGGAUCUACCAGAAGGAAAACAUGAUUUGAAGGUGUUCUUGGAACUCCCAAAAAAUACAUAUCGCAGCAAUAUUGUCCUGAUCAAUAAAGAAGGACUCAAAAAUAUCAUAGUUCGUCUGGACCUAGAAAAGACCAUUUAUUUUUCAUCCCAGUUGGAAAUGUGGAUGGCAUUUGACAUGCAACUGUUCUGGAACUAUCUGGAAGACCGAAGUCAGUCAGUGCUGGUGCAGUACAGGAACAACAUCAAGUCCGAGACAGCAGUGUUAUCCAUGCCUGGACACUACGCUUCACUCACUGUAGACAAGUUAGGACCUGGAUUCUCGUCGAUGAAUAUCACAGCAAUUUGGGGUGAAAAUGAGGGCUCAGCAAAUAAUGCCAUACUCCUGACAACCUAUUGGCUGUUAGACAUGGCACCUCUGUAUGAAGGAGUGUGGCUACCCACAGUACACACCAGCGUACAUCUUCAGACUCCUUUCGUGGGGUUCGAACACCAAAGCUUUGAGCUCAACAUAAACGGUACUGCCCAGUGGCCACUGGGGAAUAAUUUUGAUCAUGGUGUCACUAGGGUUGUCGAUGUUUCAACAAAGUGGCAGGACCAGUUCAUCAGCUUCCAUUCCAAACAAGUUACUAACAUUUUUAAGUUUCUUAACAAUGGGAACGUAUAUGCAUCUUCAACAUUUACUGCAGAUAUUUCAUCUUCUUUGGACAUUGUGAAAAUACUGAAUUUUAGGAUUGAACUUCAAAACCAGAAAGACUCCAUAGCCAACACAAUAGAAAAAAGCUGUGCCAUCGAAGCAGCAUAUAAUCACUGGGCUGUAUUAACAUUUAAUUCCACGUACACUCCUGAAAACCUUUUGAUUUCUACAGGUUUACUAAACAAAACUGACAGUGAAGUUAUUUUAUCAGGAAAGAUGACCCUUGUAGAAAAUGGUAUUCUUCUCCAAGCAAAUCUGCCUUUAAAUGAAAAGAUUUAUUUUACAUGUGAGUACAACUGGCCAAUUAGUUUUAUGGCAAGUUUGACUACACCAUACAAAGGAUAUGAAGAAUCAGCAGUUCUAUAUAACAUACAAAUUGAUGACGAAAUAGUGGAUACAAAAGUGUUUGCAAAAAUAGAUAAAGACUUCUUAUUGUUUGCAAUAAAUUUAGAAAAAUCUGAAUCAGGCUAUAAAGGUGACUUGAACCUAACAUCAUCAUCAUACUUACCCGAUGUGGCUGUAGAGUUAGAACAUGAACUUCGUAAAAACCAACAGGAAUAUUAUAUUAAAGAGUUUGGCUCUGUAACUUUGACUAAAAAUGGCAAAGUAAUGAAGUCUGGACGCGCUCUUUUAUCAUUUUCUGAUGAACUGACCUCUUUGUCUUCACGAAGCAAGAGUCUUCAAACUGUGAUUGAACUUCCAGGUCAUUACUCAUGCUCAAACUAUACUUACAAGUCUCAAAUAAAGUUGAGUGGAGUGGUGGACAACCAUUACUUUAUACAUUCUUGGAAUGAGGAUAAAAUAGAAGCUUCACUUUCUUAUGAGGGUAUUUCUGUUAUUACUGGAUUAUUGAAAAGAAAUGAUGAUAAAAAAUUUGAAUUGUUCUUCAUGAAUCCAGGCAACGGAAACUACAGAACUGAUAUAGUGUUGCCUGGUGGGUAUUUUGUAAAACACCUUAUAUUCUUUACAGACUAUAUAACCUGGCAACACUUCUUGGUUGUUUCAACACCAUAUCAUAGAGUAAUAGUAAAGAACUCACAGUCUGCAAAUGCAGAAAUGACAGAUUUUCUGCACAAAUCUACCAUCUCACUGGAUAAAGAAGUUGCUUAUCUUGAUGUGGCUGUUAACUUAGACAGUGACAGUCGUAAAGUAAAAAGUAUUUUAUUUUCUACCACUACACCAUGGACACAUCCUACAAUAGUAAGGUAUGAUCUGCUGAUUGAUACAGGUGCUACUUCAAAACACCAGAUACAACUGAAAUACAUAGAAGAUCAAGAAAUAAAGGUUGAGUUUGACAUAACUUCAACAGAACUUCAAUACUCUACUACCUUUAAUGUUCACUCUCCGUAUUGCGACCAACUUGGUGGAACACUGCAUUUUGAAGUUGAUGAAAGGAACUCUAGAGCUAAUGCAGUUUUGUGGAAGGACGAUAAACGUUUGACAUCAGAAAUGGAAUUAGCACGAAAUUUUGAUAACCCCUAUUUUUUAAUGAGUGUCAACAAUUCCAAUCAAAAUAUUAUUAAUGUAUUUUGUGGAUAUGAUACUACAACUCCAUUGAACAAAGCCAAACUUGUAGCCUCUUAUUUUGAUCAGAAAAUUAAUGUUCAAGGUAAUUUCUCUUUCGAAAGAAACAGUCUAAAGGUAGGCUUUAUUGCAGAAACGCCUAUUGCUGACUGGAAAAAAACAUCAGUGGAUUUUUAUUCAGUUUUGUCUUACAAGAACUUGACUUUUGCACUUAACACUGCAAUAAAUGAAAAGUAUCUCAUUCUUUCUGGAAAAAAUACUCUUGAAAGAAAUUCACUUGUGAUUAAUCUUUUUCUUGAACAUACUUUUACUGGAGAAGUUCAGAAAAAAUCUGCCCUAUUUAACUAUAACAGUGGAAUCAACAAUGGAACUGUGAUGACUGUUUAUAAAAAUAAUGAUGUCAACGUUUUUGAUGUAAACAUAAAGUAUUUAAAAGAACUUGGAAAAGUAAAUGAUCAGAUAUCAUACUCAAUUAAUUAUAGAGCACUUCUUCCAUUCGAGAACAUAAAUAAUUCCUCAUUAAGUAUUAAAAUUAUUGAAAAUCAUGGGAAACAAAUGAUUUCUGGAAGUAUAAAUAUAAAUGACUGGUAUGCGACAAUCAAAGGUGAAAAUACAUUUGAUAUCAACGGAACAGGAUAUUUAAACUUGAAAUUCUCAGCAUCAAAUCAUAAAUUUGAGCUUUAUUUAAAGCGUGUUUUUGAUGAUAAAGAUACUUAUUCUUGGCAUAUUUCCAACAACAGUGACUUUAUUAGUGGAACCAUUUCAAUAUCUAAAGAAGACAAAUUACUUCAGGCAGAGUACGAUAUGACCUCAUCAGUAAUCCAUAUGGAAAGUAUGCAUGGCAUGAUGGAAGCUCGUACAACAUCGAUAUCAUGUGAUUUUGAAAGCUCAUUACAUGUGAAUAAUAACAUAUAUGCCCUUAACUAUUCAGUAUUCAAAAACAAAACAUUUGAAGAAAACACCAAACAUGAUUUCUUAUUAUCACUUCCUAUUGAAGGAUUUGCAAAUGUGAGAGGUACUUUACAUUACAAAAUAAGAGGCUCAGAGCUGAUUUAUAUAAAAGGGGAAAUUACAGAUGGCAGCACUUUUAAUACAUUUUUUUAUAAUAGAACUGGCUACGAAACUCUAGAAGCUGAUUUUGAUCUUCCAGCUUUAUUUAGGUUAACAGCCAGGCUGUCUCAUUCAACAUUUGAACUUUCUGCUAAUACUACAAGUGGAACACUGCCAAACUUUUCAUUGGACCUCAAUAUAAAUAGUCGUGGAAGUGUUAAAUUUGAGACUGAAAGCUAUUGGACAGGAAAAGUUAAAUUCACACUUACUGAUAUUAGUGAAGGAUUUGGCAUUACCAAAAUAGUAGUUUAUGAUAUCAAUGACUUACAUUCAAAUGUUGUUUUUAAGUUAAAUUUUGAAUUGAUGAUGGUAGAGUUUCAAAGCAACAUUCCUGAUUGGAGUCAAUUCAGCGUUCUCUAUAAAAUAAUUAACUCAGAAAACUAUAACGUCUCUUUUACUGUUUGUAAAAAUAGAGAGGAAUUGUUUUAUUCUACUGCUGAAGGGUUUUAUACUAAAUCUAAAGGUGAAAUAUUGUUAUCUGUAAUAAUGAAGAGUUUUUUCAUUGAUGUGAAUGUCAACUACGAUCUGCAUUCUAAUUUUUCAGUUGAUUUGAAGUUUAACGUAAAUGGAGACAAGAAACAUGCUGAAGGUACAGUAUCCUUUUUACCUGAUACCACAAGGAUCGAUCUGGCUACUCCAAUUAAAGGGUAUGAGGACAUGACUUUAAUUAGUAGUUUCAACAGAAGAAACAAAAAAGCUGGACUUUUUUUGCAGAGAAAUGGAAAAACUUUGAAUAUUGAGUUAUCUGCUAUUGUUGAGAGUAAACUGAUUGAGUUGAAAGGAACAGUAACUAAUGGAGAAGAUGAGUUUAGUAUAUCCCUCGGAGCUCAGAAAGGUACCAAAGAUGAAUCUUCAUCUGCUUACAUACAUGCUUUCAAGAACCAAAAAUCUAUCUUUUGGCUAUCUCUUGAAGGUUCUGACAACUUACAGAAGACAGCAGGAUUGAAGUUCUCAUUCUCCUCACUGUACCAUCAUCAGAGAUAUUUUGAAAUAACAUCUAAUAAAGAGGAAUCUAAACAUACAUUUUUGGUGAGCUACCUUCAUGGAGCUGAUUUCACCUACUCCUUGAAUAUGACAAUAGUUAAAAUCAUUGCGAUGCCUCAGCUUGCUUUUAGUUUACAGUUAGGCCCUCAUGUUAGUAGUUUUGAAGCCAGAUAUGAUGCAAUGAGUGCUAAGAAAACUGUGGCUAUAAAGUUUGAACAGAAUAAAGAAAACAUUAUUGGUAUCGAGGGAGAAAUAAGCAUCUCAAAGCAAACUUCAAAGGUGGAAUUUAACAUUGUUAACAAGAAUUUACUGGGUGCACUAAAAUCCAUGAAGAUUUUGGGAGAGUAUAAUUUUGACCAGGAGUCAUUUGUUAUGACUACACUUAUGGUGAACGAUGUAAAAUAUUUUAAUCUUUUACUUAGGAGCAACUCGCUUUAUGAUGUUCAGUUCUUGUCCUCACUUGUUUCGUCAAAUUAUAUAAAUACUCCAUUUGACAUUACUCUUAUCUAUAGACUUGCUUUACCCAAUUCUGGUAUUUUCAGUGUAGUGAAAAUGAAUGGUGAUUAUUACAAGUGCAUUGCAAACCUUACCUGGACUGAUAUUUCAGCUCAAACAUUCUUCCAUCUGAACACUAGUGGUGGGUAUGGUUUUGAAAAUGCUGUUCUUUCCGCCAAGUACAGUGUGGAUAAGCAUGCAAAGUAUUCGCAUUUGAUAAAUUUCUUUGUGGAUGACUCAACCUUAUUCCAUGUAUCAUCUGAUAUCUCUUAUCCCAGUCAAAUGUCUUUUGAUCUCAUUCUACCAGACUCUCUUUUCCUACCAUUUGUUAAGCAAAUCAAAGUUGGAUUCAACUUUACAGAGGAGGCAAAAACUAUUUUGUUCAAAUACCUUUCAAAAUCGGAUGAGAAAAGAAUAAUCUUUUCCUUACUGUUACAAAACAAUUAUUGUGAUAUAAAUAUUGGCAGAUCUGAAAUGAAUGAUGAGGAAAUUCUGCAAUCAGAUAAGUUUAAGUUCUCUUAUAGCAUUCAAAGAGAUCUUGCUGUUUACUUAAGUUCAUUAUCUUGGGAAAAUAACAACGUUUUUUCAAUCUCUUAUGUUUGGGAAGAUUCACCAAAUGUAGUGAAAAACAAGCACUCUUUACCAACAAUUCUCUUCAACUCGCAAAACACUCAUGUUUUGAACAUCACAGCUGCUCUGGGCUCAUCAUCACAUAAGCCCUUAGAAUUUGUUGGCGUACUGAGUCCAUUUGAGUUGUUAUUUCAUUUGAAACAUCCGACAAUAACUAAAACAGGAUUGUCUGAAUUGGAUUAUACUAGGACCCUUGGAGAUAAAACGUAUAUGAAAGUGUAUUAUAAGAAUUCUGAAUUAACUGAAAUGGGUAUAAAAUACACUGACGUUAUUGAUGAAAUGAUUGAUUUCUUUGCAAAUUCAAAUGGUAAAAAAUCCAUUAUUUUUACAAACUUGACGCUCCGUAUGCACGAUAAUGUUUUUUCUCUUGUUCAGCAAGAUGAAUGUGAGGAUUUAAUUACUGCUGGUGUAUUUAAUUUGUGUUCUAAAAUGAAACAUCAAAGCAAAUGGAUUGGCUUGACAAAGAAACAACAAAGUCUUGAUUACUCAUUGGAUCUUAUUGAUAAAGAAGUAUUAGGUGCAAUAUCUACAGCAUCUGAAAACUAUAAAUUCAGUGGAAAGUUUACAAAACAUUCAAUAUUUGAUUCACAUCUGUGUUCCAAUAUCAGUUUUAAUUUGUAUGCUGAUCAUGAACUGAAAAGUCCAUUUGACCUCAAAUAUGAAAACAACUGUGAAAAUAAUUUGUAUGCCAGUCUUAAAAUUUUUGAGGAAAAUCCACAUGACAUAAGAGUUGUCACUGAUAUAAUUGCCAAUAAGUUAAAUGGCAUUAAAGUACAAGGAAAAAAUUUUCCCUUUAUUGGAGAUUGGUUCUUUAUGGGUAAAAAAUCAGAUCAUGUAAAGGUAUUUGAAAUUACAAUGAAAAAAGGUUGGUUUAGUAUUGAAUGGCAUAAUACGUCAAAUAAACAUCGUCUAACUAUAAAAUCUUCACUUGAUGAAUUUAAAAUGCUGGAAAUAACAAGAAGUAUGAAUGAGGAAAACAGAAAACGUCUAGGCACAUUGAAAUAUAUAGGUUUAAAAUCCUGUGAAUGGGGAUAUACUGUGGUAAACUACAAGGAUGGGUCCAUUUUCUGUCACAUUACUUCUGACCAAAACAUUCAAGUUAACAUUACACUUAAUGUGAAUAACAAGAAAGAAUUGAUUGUGAAAAUAUUAAAAAAUGAAAAACAAUAUGAAGGCAAGGGAUUGUAUCAGGCCAUACCCAAUGGUGACAAAAUAAUAGGUGAAGGAUACUUCACAUUUGAUGGAAAACUAUAUUCACUAAAUUUUGAAAGAUUAGUAAGACCAGAAGAGCACAAAAGUUUAGUAGAAGUGAAAACUCCAGCUGAUGAUUAUUACGUGGAGCUGUACAUAAAUAAACUGCCUCAGAAUAUUGAUCCUGCAGUCAUUGUCAAAUACAAAACACCUUUCUAUCCCUUGGAUUAUGCAGACAUCAAAGUUUGGUUUAAUCAUUAUACAGCUAAUUCCAAUGAUGAGUUCUCCUUGUUAGAACUGGAUCUGACCCAUGAAAAGGUUGAAUUAUAUAAUAAAAUGUUUAAAGUUGUCUCUUUGUCUACAUCUGUCAAGACUCACAGUAUUAAUAUUGAUAAAGCCCAGUUAGAUAUUAGUUAUGGGGGCAAGUAUGGAAUCAACCUAUCUCAUCUAACAAAGCAGAUUUUACUUGAAUUGUAUCCUUAUGAGAACAAACUUUCUCAUGCUCUUCAAUCUACUUUCAAAGUUUCUGGGUUUAAUAUGCCUGGUUUUCACCAAAUGGGUGGAGAAAUUCUCUUUAGAGCUUAUGUUAAUAAAAUUAAAGACAAUGCUUUUGCUUAUCUUCGGUAUCAUAUAGAUAGAUCUCUUAUAUUCGUCAUGAAGAAAGAAGUCACUAAAGAAAAUCAGUACUCUGUUUCUCACAAAUUUGGUGAACUGCAAUUUAACAAUAAAACUGUUUUAAAAAUUAAUCUGACAAGCUCAAAUGAUUCUCAUUAUUAUGGAAAUGUGCAUGGAGAGUGGGAAGGUGAAACUCUGCUACUUGAUUAUAAUGUUCAAGAACAAGAUUUAAAGUUUCAGAUGAAACUUACUAGAAAAAAUAAGCCUGGCAUUGACACAACAUUUUACUACUACAGAAAAAUAUCUACCAAUUCAUGGAUUAGAUCAUUUCAGUUGAAUGCAAUAGAACUAUUUUCACUCCAAGAUUUCAAUCCUAAGAUAGUCAUAACAAAAGAGAUGAAUAAGUUAUCUAUUGUUAAGUAUGAGUUGCAAUUCAACAAUGGGGUCCUGGCAGACAAUCUAUUUUUUAGUGGUAAUUGUUCAAUAAGUUAUCCCAAUUUGGAAUCCUUUUCAGUCGACUCUAACCCAAAGCUUCAUGCUGAUAUCUUAUUGGAGUCUGUCUCCAGACAAUAUGUAGCCAUCGCUGACUUGAUAAUGCAACGGAACAAGAUGGAUGCAAUGGUCAAGUGGAAAAGAAUAACAAAAUCAGUCACUUACAAACAGAAUAAAGAAUAUAUGACCCUUAAAUUUGGUGGACUUAUAAUGAACAGGUCUGCAGAGUUUUAUUUGAAUGAGAACAAAUUUUCUGGAUUCAUAGACAGUUCCAGCACGCAGAGUGUAGUAUCAGCGCAUCUGUUCAAUGACAAACUGAAGAAAAACAUGACUGUUUUUGCAAGUGUACAGUACUCUCCAAUAUACUUACUAACCAUCUCCCAUACAGUAUUUGAUAGUCCAUGUUCUGUGGAAGUUAAAGUAGAUAGGCGUCCACAAUCUCUUGAGACAGCAGUGACAAUAAUAUAUAACCAUCUGACACAGCAAGCUUUCGUAAACAUUUACUUAGACAGCAAUCCACGGUAUGCAGAACUAAUGUAUCUAGACAUCUGGCAGCAAACUCAUGAAGCAUCUGUCUAUGUUGAGGAGAAAGACAAUGAAGUCACUGUCAGAGGAAAAAUAAAUUCACCAGCCAUAGAUGAAAACUUCUUAAUUGUCACAGUGGGUCUUAACAGUGAUAAAUUUGAAAUGAACAUGAAUGAUGACUUUAUCUUCAAAGCGUUUAAAGACAACACAUCAGGACUGUUGCAUUUAAUAAUAUUUGGCAACAAUUACCAAAUGCAGUGCAGUCAUGAAAAUGAAGUUAAAUUAUCACUGGUUUCACCAAAUGCCAAUGGUAUUGUGACAAUCAGCUCUAAAGAAUUGAAAGGUUCAUUUGCAAGUUUCCUUUUCGAGUCAGAACUGUAUCACUUUCUUCUUGAGGUAAAUAAGAAUAAUAUUUUAACUAUGGCUCUAUCAAAAGGAGAAAAAAACAUCUUUGAUGUAAAACUGGACAUUUUAAAUGGUGAUGAAGUUUUCCAGUUACAAUUCCAGUGUAACAUGUUUGCUGAAAGAAACGGGUUAAACAUUAAACAUGUUCGUAAUCCUAUUCUUUUGGUGGUUUCAUUAACUAGUUCUCAAUUCUUGAAACAUAAUCUUGAUAUUAUGUUAGGAAUGAAAAAAGAAGAUCUUGUUACAGGAAUUUUUGAAAUCAAACAAAAUUCAACUUUGUUUAAAAGCUACAUUGGACUCUGCAGAAAAAACAACAGUUUAGAAAUCAAUAUUGAAGCUCCAUUAUUUUCUAAAAUGGACAAGGCUAAAAUAAAUGGGGUUUUCAAUGUUUUUCACUUGCAUGCUAUUGAACUGAAUUUCUCAGCUGCCCUUUCUUCAGAGGAUAUUCAGUUAUAUAAAGCAUCUUUCUAUUUGACCAAGGAUGAUAAAAUUACAUCAGGUUUGGUAGUGAAAAGUAAAGAUCAGGAAGACAUACAAAUUAUGGUUCUACUUCCACUAAGAUAUUUUGCGGACUAUAAAUUUGUUUUACAAUUGCCUUCAAUUGAUUACUAUGAGUUUGCAAUAAAUUUUUUCGAUGCAAGUAUAACCAAUGAUAAUACCAUACUCAGUCUGUUAUUUAGACGAGAAGAUUUUAUUGUGAAAAUUAACUUCAAACAUGGAGAUAAUCCUUUUUAUUCCAAAUUGGAUGAAGUGGAUGUUCAGUAUUCAGCAUCAAGAUUACGAAUAGGUGCUUGGAUGGCUCCAACAGAUCCUCGUAAUGACUAUAAAUAUUUUGUGGAAUGGAAUGGUAAACACAUGUUACAGAUAUCUCAUGCUUGUGUUUUACAAACUAGCCACUUUAGAAGUAAAUUCACAAUUGAAACGUCUUUAAAGGGUCAUGAAAAAUAUGGAAUUGAUUUAGAACUGCAAAACCAACAAUUUGGAAAGGUAGUAAAAGUGAUUGGAAGUGCUCCUCAACUUGGAAAUGAUCUUGGCGUUGAUUUUGGAUUCCAUUAUGAUAGCUUGCUGAACUAUGCUAUUUUAGCCCAAAUCAGAAUCCCGUAUGAAUGUCAAGUAAAAAUGCUUAGAAUUUAUUCACUUCACAAAAUUCAUCCAAAUCUAAACAUUGGCAAGUUGAACUACACUUUUGAAUUUACAGAUCUUGGAGUCAUUGGCUUAGAGAUUGAACUUCAUGAGUCAGCUCCAUUCAUGUGGCAGGGGAAAAUGUUUGCAGUUGAGUCCAAACUGAACCUAAAUAACAAGACAUUCCUCCUUAGGGCUAAAUCAUUUUUACAGGCAAACAAAAUCCAACUAGUCUUUGGUUUGGAAACACCAUUAAAGGGUUUUAAAAGAGGAGAAGUCCAUUUCUCAGGAACUCGGCAGAUAGUAGGGUCAGAGUUUGUUUUAUCAUUGAAUUCAAAUGAGUUAAUUAAUGUAAACAUAACAGAAGAUGCAACCAAUAAGAAGGAAUUGAAAAUCUUGAGCAAGUGGAGAAAUUUGGUUUUUAAUUACAAGUAUAAGGUUGGUGAAGAAGUUGAUAUAUAUGGCUAUUUUUGCUGGGAUCUUCUAAACAGAAAUACUUCUCAGGUUGGUGUUGUGAUUAAUGCUGCAAAGAACAACAGAAAAUACAAAUGUGUUGUCGAUCUAUUACUUCCCUCAUUACUUGUCCCAAAGCUGAGCCUCAAAUCAAAUUUUGAACACAAUAUAAAUAGAGUAUUCUCAUUGGUGCAACUAGAUCUACCUGGACUCUUAUUGGAAGGUAAACUUGCCAGUGAAAUUUCAACAAGUAUGUACAAUUCAGGAGUACAACUCAGAUGGGCAACUACUAGUGAUAAAGUACCUAAAAAUAUUGGUGUGUUUUAUGUGAAAGAAAUGAAUGAAGAUGAAAUCAAGCACUAUUUUACCCUCCAGCAUUUUUCGUUACCCAAUGACCUCAUUCUUACUACUUAUGCCAGAACUACACUCUAUGGCAUCAAUUUGCGAUAUUCUCCAGUUAAAGAAGAAGAGAUCACUUUAGAAUUUGGUUAUUGGAUGAAUGAAGACAAUAAACAAGAGAGAUCUGGUGUGAGAUUUGUGGUUAUCCAUCAAGCAACUAACACUCUGGUAUUUGGUGUGGCCAAUGUUACUACAGCUAGUGAUAUCACUGAAGGAGGAUUAUCUGUUGCAUAUCUCACAGACCAAGAUGUGAAUAAAGCUAAGUAUCUGGCAGUUUAUGGAAAGAAGAAUAAGAAAACACCAGGAAUCUACCUAGGGUUGACUAGCAAUGGAAAUAGUAUAGGGUUAGGAGGGUCUUUAUGGACGAAAGACAACCACCUAACAGGAUUGACCAUUGAAACCAAAGUCAAUCAAAAGGAUCCAUUCAAACUAGAAAUGGUGCUGAACGUAGCUGAUCCCAGCAUUGAAACAGAGUUAAGUUACAGUUUGAGCCGAAGGUAUAGAUUUUUUGCUGGGAUACCUAACGAUAAUGAAAUUACAGCAAAACUUUCACACACAAUGUAUGGAAAACCCAGUCUCGAUGCUUUUGCGAGUCUGAGACUGAACACAUCCAGAAUUCUAUGGGGAAGAUUUGAACUACCUCCAAUGACUCAAGUAGGACCAGAGUUUUACAAUGGUGUUUUGGAGGAAUAUUCGGACAUCACACUGGUAUCACAAGCCGUUUUAUCUGGUUUUUCAGAUUUCCUCCAAGAGGAUUUCUCAAAGAAAAUUGCUUUGUUUUUUGAUGCAAUUUCUAAUGAAGCUGAUGUCAUAGUCUCACAAACUUACAUGGAAAUGGAAUUAGUUGUCAAAAGUGUUGAAGUCAUGGGAGACAUUGCUCAGCAAUUGUACGAUGAGGACCACUUUUACCUGCAGACUUGCUUUCAGUAUUUAAAACACUCAGCGUUUUCUAUCUACAGCUACAUGUCGUGUGCAUUUGAAGUGAUUUUUGAUGUUGCAAAAAAUGUUUUUGGUCCAUUAUUUGAGAUUGCACAGAGGGUUUGGGUAGUCAUGGAGUCAGUCCUGGUUCAGUGGAGGACCUUUAUCAGAGAAGCUGGUGUUGGAGGAGAAUCACCAGUGAAGCACCUGUCAAAACUGAUUGACAACUACCAGCAUUUCCGCCACAGCCUGAUGGACUAUGCAAGACAAGCGGUGGCAACAGCCCAAGUACAGCUCACUCAGCUUGAACAGCGAUCAGUUGACAUUCUGACAGAGGCUGAACUAGCUGUCAACCAUCUGAUUAGAGAUGUUCAGCAUACCCUGGGCCUAUACCUACAGCGAGCCAUUAACUACAAGGAUACGAUCCUGGCUGGGUUUUCUGUUCUUAGGGACACAGUGCAAGGUAUGAUUGAGAUUGUCACAGAUGGCAUCUAUCAGAUUGAAGAGGUGAGAUAUGGCUUGGACAGGCUUGUCAGAUGCCUCGAGGUUGUCGACUAUUGGUACAGAGACUUCCAAUUGAAGACUUACCUAAGGGAGAUUGAUGCUUACAUUGACAGGAUCGUUCAUCUUAUUACAUCUGACAUAGAAAGAAACUUUGGAGAAUACGAGGUGUAUUUGGUGCAUGUCAAGCACCUGUUGGAGGGACAGUAUGAAGAAGUGAGCAAAAUACCUCAGGUUCAUUACAUGAAGAAUGCUAUCAUUCAGGUUUAUGAAAAGAUCAAAUGGUUUUGGAACUAUGCGAAACUGAGUGAAAGGUUAAGAGAUGCCAUGAAGCAGUACUUUGAGAAUAUGAAAGCAAACCUGGAUGAGCUGGAGAAACAGUUGGACAGAGACGAAGGAGAGUUAAGGUCCGAAUAUGUUUACAAUGCAGAAAACAAUUCCUUGACAUUCACUCAAGAGUUGCCUUUUGAGUGGCGAGGAUUCAAUCAACUGCCGGAUUACAAAACAGAGAUGAACUCCAACCCAUUGUCCUUUCCUGCACAAGAAUACAGCAACAUGGUACAUACAAUGGCAAAACUAUCUCUGGCAAGAUGCAAAACUCCUGCCAUAUCUACUACCUCCCUUUGGAUCUGACGCUAUCAUCUCUGGUGACAGCUACAUCACUUUCGAUAACACCUUCUAUCUCUUCCGUGGUGGCUGUGGAUCUUACCUCCUAGCCAGUGACCUCUACCACAACUCGUUUUCUCUGUUAGCAAACUACGAUGAACAG